GUCUAUAUAAAAAAGAAGAAUAACAUAACACAAAUAUGACAAGAAUAAUCUGAUUUUACUAUCAAAUUAUACAAUGAAUUGCGAGUAGUUAACUUAAGUAAAAAAUGAAAAAUCUUUAUUUGUAUUUAACUGAUGGGACAUAUCAUUACGGAGUGUACGUAAUAAAAAGAAAUAGUAUUUCCGAAAACGGUACAAACAUUCCAAACAACAAUACUAAACAAAUAGAAAUAGAUAGUACGUUUUGGUACUAUUUAUACAAAGAAUUACUUCUCAGUUAUUGGUAUCGAUUUCAUUUUAUCUAUUGCUGGUCAAUAAAUACAAACAACAACGUAAUUAUAUAUUUAUCACCGACAAAAUACGAUUUAAUAGAUUAUAAAUGGAAUGAUAAAAUGUACUACUUAAUUAGAGAAAGAUGUGAAUUAGAUCAUACGUUAUCGUGGUUAUCAACUUUAGGAGGAGCUUUUUCAGCACUAGGUGACUAUUUUCCAAAUUGUGCCGACACGGCUGGUAAAAUCUCAUUUCAUCAAUUGAAACUUGCUCUUAGAUUAGGAGAUCCUAGUAUAGCUUCAAGAUGUAGACUUUAUUUAAGCCUUAGUUUAAUUCAAAAAAAGAAAUAUAAACAAGCACGUAGGAUAAUUGAGCGCGAAUAUGAUUAUGCUAAAAAAUUUAAAGAAACCGAUUUUCGACUUAUGAAUAUGUGCAAAGGUAUAUGGUCUAAAUUACAAUAUGAGUAUUCCGUUUUUAAGGAAAAUAAAAAAUAUGUUGAAUAAAUCUCAAACAAUUGUUUUUCUACCAUUUGUGUAUUUUUAUAUUAACGAAAAAUAUAUAAAAUUAUCAACAAUUAAUUCUGAUCUGAUUGUUACUUCAUAAUAACAAUAAUCUGUUAAUAUUAAAUAUUAAAAUCAUGUUUUUAAA